UUUACGCUAACGGGAUUUUGGUGCGUGAGGAGAUCCGUGAACAUCACAGCGAUGAACAGAUUUCAUAAAAACUUCUAUAAUCACUCCUCCAUGUACUCUUAUGGCAUGGGGAUGGCUCCUUUCUUCAAGGUGACGGUCUUCGAGCAGGAGCACUUCCAGGGCAAGUGCAUGGAGUUCACCUCAGAGUGCUGCAACAUCCACGAGUGCGGCUUCGACAACAUCCGCUCCAUCCGAGUGGAGAGUGGAGCUUGGGUUGGUUACGAGCACCAUCACUUUGAGGGACAGCAGUUCAUCCUGGAGCGUGGAGAGUACCCCAACUGGGAGUCCUACACUGGCAACCUGUCCUACCAUACCGAGUGGUUCAAGUCUUUCCGCCCCAUCUACUGCGCUUCUCACCAUAGCAGCCGUAUGAUGAUCUAUGAGAGGGAGAACUUUAUGGGGCGCUGUACCGAGCUGUGCGAUGAUUACCCCUCCCUGCAGGCCAUGGGCUGGUUCAGGCCUGAGGUUGGAUCCAUGCAUGUGCAGUGUGGAGCCUUUGUGUGCUACGAGUACCCGGGCUACAGGGGGCAGCAGUACAUCAUGGAGUGUGAGAAGCACAGUGGAGACUACCAGCACUGGAGGAACUGGGGGUCCCAUUGCCAGACCCCCAAAAUCCAGUCCAUCAGACGUAUUCGCCACUGAGAGGGGCCUGAAUACGGCCCCUUCAUUCAGAUAGGGGGUCAAACUAGUCCAAACCGGUAUCCCAGAAGAGCAGCUACCUCCACCU